AUGCCGUUUAAGAGAGCAAGUGCCUACUCACAUGUGUCUGAAUCAGACACUGAAGCUUUCGCAGAGGCCGAGAGAGCGUUCAAGUCCAGACGUCUGCAUUUUGAGGACCGCAAGCGUGUGAACAAAGAGGAGGAAGACAUGCCUCUGCGUAAGGAAGAGGCCUUACUUAAAAAGCAGGCUAAACUCCAGCAGGAGCUGAAUGCAUUGAGCAGGUCUUCACAGUCUCACAGUGGGAAGACGCAGAGACUUCAUUCGGAGUUGGCAUUGACAGACACGCUUCGUGAGGACAGACAGAAGGCACAGAGUCAAACGGAGCCGGCAGAACUGCAGAAAGAGGAGGUCAGUGCUGAGAAACCAAGUUGUGAGGAUAAGACAUUGAGUAUUUUGGAGGACAAGCUUUACACAGUCAGCACUUUUGCAAAUCAGCUGCUCAACCAGAUCAACCCACUGGCAGAGGAGAGGCAGACUGAUCAAACCAAAUACGCCCUUUAUCAGCGGCAUCUUGAACCAAUGGAAAAGGAGCUGAAUGAUCUCUGCAAAAUGGAGAAAGAAAUGAUUUGGCAGACCACAAGUGCUUACGAAGACGUACACAAGUUUCAAACCAAAAUGAUUUGGCCGCUUGCUAGGUUACAGGAAAAGAACUUUAUCUUGCACCAGAACCUGGUCAAGCUUGUUGCAGAUGAAUCCAACCAGACAGAGUUACUGAUCAGCAAAUUCAGAGAGGAGAACGAGCAGAAAACCUCUCAAGAUGAGACCCGAGGGAUUAAACUCACAAAGGUGUCAGAUCUUAAAGAACUGGAGCUUCUGAUCGCUGUGCCGCAGCCCCUGGACACCAUGAAGGAUGAGUUAGUGAAGAUAAAAAACGUCACUGUGGAAGACGAUCCAGACCUGCUGGUCUCAAGAUUUUUACAGGGCAAAUAUAAAGAGUCUGCUUACCUGAAAUACAUUGCUUUGAAGGAUGAUCUGGCUGUGAAGGGUCAAAUCAGUCAGCCACAAUCAGAGGCUGAUCAGUUCAGAAAAGAAAGUCUGCAACAGCAAAAGCAAGAGGACGAACCCUCUUCACUGAGCCAAAACAUGAUCCAAGGCAAAAUCUCAGACCAAGGCGAAACAGAUGAGAGGGGGACCCUUUCUGAGACACCGUCUGGCUAUUCAGUGGAAGGCACCUCUGCUGGGAUUAUAGAUAAGAACAUCAUGUCCACUCUGGAUCUGCUGGAGAGUGAGGCCAUUCAGCUGCUGCUCUUGGAGAAGUACCUGGAAAAUGAGGAUUGCCCAAAGAUGAUGAAAUUGUCGGCGAACCCCCUGCUACUGAGGUCAACGAAGGGUCAAAAGAAGUAA